CGCGUCGUGAGUGGGGCAGGGCCUAUGCUGUGUGUCGGAGAGUCGGGGCGUGGCUUAUAGGUUUUCAGGCGUGACAAGGUGUCAGAAGCAGAGAGGCUGUAGUGUGCGAGUAGGGGGAGUGGCGCUGGGCGGGGCCUCUGGUGUGGGUGUUGGAGUGGCUGGACCCACCUUAGUGGCUGCGGUUGCAUUGGGCUGUGCCUGGCAGUGCCACACAGCGGCGGGGCGAUCAGAAGGGAAAGGCGCUGGGUGAGAGCGGAGUUCCCAUGCUGGAGUCGGGCUGAGGCAGGAAGAGGGGGGCACAUCUCUCUGUGGCAAAUUAUUUACCCCGUACACCCGCCGCCUCUCCCCCUCUACACCCGGAAUGGCUACCGAGAGCAGCGCACAGAAGGGGCCUCCGCCUUCCCCAGCGGAGAAUGGGCAGCCCGGGGGCCCUCCUGCAGCCGCCGUGCCAGCUGAGGAGCAGGGAAUGAUCAGUGUGGAUAUCGCCGGGCUUUUCUAUCAGUUCUCCAAGACUUUCGUUCUCAUCUUCCCCGUGUACGUGCUGGGCUACUUCGGCUUGAGCUUCAGCUGGCUACUGAUCGCCCUGGUGCUGCUGGUCUGGUGGCGGAAGAAUAAAGGGAAUAAGAACUCCCGGCUGUACCGGGCACUCGCCUUCCUGGAGAGUGAGGAGAAGUCUGUCAAGCACCACAUCGCCUCUAUCGACCUACCUGCCUGGGUACAUUUCCCGGAUAUUGAGAGAGCAGAAUGGCUCAACAAAACUGUAAAGCACAUGUGGCCUUACAUCUGCCAGUUCAUAGAGAAGUUGUUCCGAGAGACCAUAGAGCCCGCUGUGCGGGGUGCAAAUGCCCAUCUGAGCACCUUCAAUUUUACUAAGAUUGACAUGGGAUCACAGCCCCUGAGGGUCAAUGGUGUCAAGGUUUACACUGAAAAUGUGGACAAGAGACAGAUUAUUCUGGAUCUCCAGAUAAGUUUUGUCGGAGAAACUGAGAUCGAUUUAGAAGUGAAGAGAUACUUCUGCAGAGCUGGCGUGAAAAGCAUCCAGCUUCAUGGCACAAUGCGGGUUGUACUGGAGCCUUUGAUUGGAGAUGUACCAAUAGUUGGAGCCCUGUCUAUAUUUUUCCUCAGGAAACCGCUCCUAGAGAUUAACUGGACUGGACUCACCAACAUGCUGGACAUGCCGGGACUUAACGGCCUGUCGGACACAAUUAUACUGGAUAUCAUAUCAAACUACCUGGUCCUUCCAAAUCGUAUCACGGUUCCUCUAGUCAGCGAUGUGCAGAUUGCACAAUUACGUUUCCCAAUACCAAAGGGUGUGCUGCGGAUACAUUUCUUAGAAGCUCAAGAUUUGAUGUGGAAAGAUACCUACAUGAAAGGGCUGGUCAAAGGCAAGUCUGAUCCAUACGGUGUUGUCCGACUUGGCAACCAGGUUUUCCAGAGCAAAGUCAUCAAAGAGAACCUCAACCCUAAAUGGAACGAAGUGUAUGAGGCAUUGGUGCACGAGCAUCCAGGGCAGGAACUGGAGAUUGAACUCUUUGAUGAGGACACAGACAAAGAUGACUUUUUGGGCAGCCUCUUGAUUGAUCUAGUGGAAGUAGAAAAGGAGAGAGUGGUGGAUGAGUGGUUCACUCUAGAUGAAGCCACAAGUGGAAAGCUUCAUUUGAAACUGGAAUGGCUUACACCAAAAUCCACUACAGAGAACCUUGACCAGGUGCUGAAGAGCAUCAAAGCCGACAAGGACCAGGCUAAUGAUGGCCUCUCGGCUGCCCUGCUCAUCCUCUACUUGGAUUCCGCCAGGAGUUUGCCUAGUAUCUACGAGGGGAACCUGGGUUGUGGCUUCUUAAAAGAGAGGAGAGCUUCUGGACUGAUCUUUUGUGAGAAUACCUCCUCGCUGUAUAGAUCAUUAUUUGCUGGAAAGAAAAUUGGCAGCAGCCCUAAUCCCUAUGUGCUGUUCUCUGUGGGUCACACAGUGCAGGAAAGCAAGGUUAAGUACAAGACAGCGGAACCAGUGUGGGAACAGACGUUCACGUUUUUCGUCCACAACCCUAAAAGACAGGACCUUGAAGUGGAGGUUAAGGAUGAGAACCAUCAAAGUUCUAUGGGCAAUCUAAAAAUCCCACUGAGCCAGAUUCUUGCUAGCGAAGACCUCACUCUGAACCAAAGGUUCCACCUUAAUAACUCCGGGCCCAACAGUAGUCUUAAAAUGAAGAUUGCACUAAGGAUCCUCCCUGUAGAGAAGCCUGUACGUUCUCCUGAUGAGCAGCACACAUCCCAAGUGAAGAGGCCUUCCAUAUUCAAAGGAAAGCAGCCACCAACACCUCAAAUGCCCUCCCCUUCGCCAGCAGUCGCUCACAAACCCCCUCCGACACCCAAAUUAGAUACAAAUAAGAAACUUGAAAAUGGAAAUAAAGGCAGCACCCCCAGUGCCAGCCCCAAAAGGCCAACAGAACUACACAAAAGCUCUUCAAGCCUCUCUGGUUCCAGUUUUACCCACUCCCCCUCCCACCCAUCUGCUAAAGAGCCCACCCCUAGCAUCGCUUCGGACAUAUCAUUGCCAGUCGCUACCCAGGAACUCCGGGAAAGACUGCGGCAACUUCAGAAUGGAACAACGCUGGGUCAGUCACCCCUAGGACAAAUCCAGUUAACAAUCCGCCAUAGUUCUCAAAGAAAUAAACUGAUUGUUGUAGUACAUUCCUGUAGAAACCUGAUAGCUUUUUCAGAGGAGGGCUCGGAUCCCUACGUCCGAAUGUAUUUAUUGCCAGACAAGAGGAGAUCGGGAAGAAGAAAAACCCACGUAUAUAAGAAAACAUUGAAUCCAGUUUAUGAUCAAACGUUCGAAUUCAGCGUUUCGCUGCCAGAGCUGCAGAGAAGAACACUAGACAUUGCCGUGAAAAACAGCGGGGGAUUCCUGUCCAGGGAUAAAGGGCUUCUAGGAAAGUUGUUGCUGGAGCUCAACGCAGAAGACGCUGUCAAAGGAUGGACACUGUGGUACGAUUUAACAGAAGAUGGGACCAGACCUGCUGUUUCCAGUUAGGCCCCCUGUCUCCUCCUCACCUAAUAUCAGUCUCUGUACAUGCAGAAUGCAACGGGCUCACAGAAUGUGUCAAUGUUAUUUUUAUAGAUCCAUGUAUUUCAGUGCUUCAUGCCACAUCUGUUCAUUUGUUUUAUGUGUACGUACGUUGUUUUAAACAUUUUUACAUUAUUUGCAGACCUUGGCAAGUCCCGUCAUUUAGUUGAAUGAGCGGCGUGGCCGUACCAGGUGUUUAAUAAUGUGCAAUAGGAUGUUCUCAAUUCAUUACCCUAUUGGGAAGCCGACGGUUGCUUUUAUACGAUGGGAAAUCCAUUUUUAGUUGGUUUCGUUGCCGAGUUGUAUAGCAUUACUGUGCACUCUGUAAAUAUGUACUAUUCUCUUUUUGUAAUUCUUCUUUUGUUGCCUCCAUAGUGAUUGGCAUUUUAAUUGUCGCUGUAUUAAGUCGUACAUGUCCCAGUGAAGCAGGUCCUCCGGAACGCUAUUGGCUCAGGGGAGGGAAAGUCCUUUCAGGAGACAAGGAUGGGGAAAAAUUACAUUUUGUAAGGGUGUCUGAGAUCCACAACAGCUUGCUAUCAGAACCUACAACAUUAUAUAUACAUAUAUAUACUGUUCAGUGUAGCUUAGAUCUCUAUGUAAUGUCAGUGUAACUGAUAGCAGCUCUGCUUCCACCUUUGCCCGAAGCAAGGCAGCUUUACACGGCGGGUCCCUAGUGAACCAGAGUGCAAUGCUAUUCAGAUAUUUUGCUUUAUUUUUGUUAAUGGAGGGUGGAGCUAUAAUGCAAUACAUUGCAUGGAGCUGGUGUACAGUCAGAAAGGUACACAAUCUCUAUGCAGCCAGAGGGGACAACUGAAGUUGACCUUUAAGUAAUGUAUGGAAUACUGUUAAUGUGAAAUUUCCAUUCUGAUUUUUUUCUCAUUUUCUGUUAGUAUUAGCCAUCAUUUUCUACAUCCCCCUUUAUAAACAUGCAACACACAUUAUAUAUGGAUCAACCUGGUACUUUUCCACCCCAGCUCCAGGGCUGAUUAUUGAGUUCCCAUCGAUAUAUUUGCCCAGUGUUAAAGCAUAUCAGCCCCCCCGAUCAUAAAGGAAUGCUCCUUGGUCUCUAAUGAGAUAUUACAUAGAGCCUUAAAACACUAUUUUUAUACACUGUAUAUGUUAGAGCCCAGAAACAUGAAGAAGGGGGUGCUGAGAUGGGGGGUAGGAAUGCUGGUCUGCCUGACUGUGUGGCCUUUUAAAAUAAAGAGGUAUGGACUGGUCCGGCCUCUGCUAGCAUUGCAGGGUUACUUCUGCUGUUAGUCAGGGGCUGCCAUAAGCAGAGAGCUGAUUAUGGGGCCUAAAAAGACCAUCUGCAAUUGUGUGUAAGUGUAGGACUCACUGGUUAUUCUCCUGCACUCGUAAAACUCAGCAGUGCUGACUGCAUAAGUCUCCAUUGCGCUCUACCAAGGUUUCCGACACCCUUUACUAAAAGGUUCAGGGCCUCUCUGUGGCUUCCUGCAGGGCUCUGCUUGUAGGCAAUGAUGGCAGAAGGUAGUAGGGACAGUACCCAGAAUGCUUUGCUCGCAGUGGGGUUUGCCCACAUAGGCACCAGUGCAGAGCUGCCAGUUUCUCAGACUUUAUGCCAAGGCAGCUUUCUAGUUUGUUCUGAAGGUUAUAAUGUUGGGGCAGGAGAUGUAAGUGAUAUUUAUAAUUAUGGAACUUUUUAAGAAGCUUUUUAUAUAGUGAAGUAGCCCUUGGGUUUGCCUCCUGUAAUGAAUUUUCGAGUAUAUAAGUGAUGAGGUCUAUGGUAUUUUGAUGGCAUCUUUUACUGAAAAAGUCCCAGGGGACUAGACUGUAUUACAAAUGGUUAUUUGCUGGUUAUUAUUGGGCAUUAGAUGGGUAGAAGCCAUGCUUAGAAAUAAGAAAUGAUUAUGUGCUGUGCUCCAGACAUUGCUUAAUGUUACAGUUCUUAUCAUCAAAUAGAGUUAAAGGCCCAUACGCAAUAUACAGCCCAUCAAAUGGCUUCAAGCCUACCCAAAGCUUCAUAGACUUAUGUCAUUAUUUCCCAAGAGCUUCUUGAUGACUUCUCUGACCAGAACAUCUGAAAUGAUAUUCCAUUAUCAGCAAUAGAUGAGAGAGAAUACUGAACAUCACUUUGGGAAGGCUCAUUUUUAGGGCUCUGGUACACGGGGAGAUUAGUCGCCUGCAGCAAAACUCCCUGUUCGCGGGCGACUAAUCUCCCCGUGUGCCAGAGCCCUUAAACAAAGGCAAAUUUGCAUCUGGGCAGUUACCCAUAGCAAUCAAUCAGUGGUUAGAUUUUUUUUUAGCCAACUGCAGGAAGAACAAUGGAAUCAAACAUCUGUUUGGUUGCUAUGGAUUACAGCCCUGGUGCAAAUUUGCCCAGUAAUUAUAAAUGUCUUAGUAAUCUGGAGACCAGCAGCCCCCUGGAAGCAUACUGUCUGAAUGAGCUGAAGGCUAGGAGUCCCCCUGGGAACGUACUGUCCGAAUGAGCUGAAGGCUAGGAGUCCCCCUGGGAACGUACUGUCCGAAUGAGCUGAAGGCUAGGAGUCCCCCUGGGAACGUACUGUCCGAAUGAGCUGAAGGCUAGGAGUCCCCCUGGGAACGUACUGUCCGAAUGAGCUGAAGGCUAGGAGUCCCCCUGGGAACGUACUGUCCGAAUGAGCUGAAGGCUAGGAGUCCCCCUGGGAACGUACUGUCCGAAUGAGCUGAAGGCUAGGAGUCUCCCUGGGAACGUACUGUCCGAAUGAGCUGAAGGCUAGGAGUCCCCCUGGGAACGUACUGUCCGAAUGAGCUGAAGGCUAGGAGUCCCCCUGGGAACGUACUGUCCGAAUGAGCUGAAGGCUAGGAGUCCCCCUGGGAACGUACUGUCCGAAUGAGCUGAAGGCUAGGAGUCCCCCUGGGAACGUACUGUCCGAAUGAGCUGAAGGCUAGGAGUCCCCCUGGGAACAUACUGUCCGAAUGAGCUGAAGGCUAGGAGUCCCCCUGGGAACGUACUGUCCUAUACUAGUAGCCUAAUCGGGAGCAUACUGUAUACAGUCCUGCAUCAUACUGUUCCAAAAAACUGAAGAUUAGUAGCCACAAAGGAGAAUAUUUUAAGGGGGAGGUGAACGAAUAGGCCCAAGAUUUUGCUUCAUAGCAACAAAUCAGUAAUCCGUCAUGAAAUGCUUUUAUUGCCCCAUCCACCAAUAGCUCAGAAUGCAACAGUACUGCCCAAGUAUGUGACCCAAUAGAUGAAGGGUAAUACUGUCCGGGUUACAACUCAGAAUGUAUAUAUAUAUAAUGCAGUUAGACUUAUUUUAUAUAUCAUGCUGCGCUUCUCUGAAACAGUAUCGUUUUUUUUAAUCCAGUUGCUUUUAUAGUCUAUAUUUUCUACUCAGAUAACGGAGGGCCGCCAAUAAGCCAUGAAGUCGCAGUUGUACAUAGUAGGAGUUUAGUCAAAUAAUAUUUGUACAGGAAAAGGAAAAACCUAUCGAUUUUCUUGGAAGUGAAUCUGGCAGGGGACACAUACCCAUAUGGCUAUAUACAAUAGGGUGCCCUGUGGCCUGUAGAACACUAUUUUAAAGGGGUAGUUCACCUUUAAAUUAACUUUUUGUAUGAUGUAGAAACUGGUUUUCAAAGACCAUGUGCAAUAAGUUUGCAUUUUUUAUUUGUUGUGCUGUUUAUUCAGCUCUUCGGUUUGGAAUUUCAGCAGCUAUCUGGUUGCUAAUGUCUUGUUUACCUUAGCAACUAAGCAAAGGUUUAAAUAAGUGACUGGAAUAUGAAUAGGAGAGGAACUGAAAGAUAAGUUAUAAAAAGUAUCAAUAAUAAUAAAAUUGUAAGAUCACAGAGCAAUAGAUUUUGACUGCACUAGGGGGUCAGUGACCUCUAUUUUAAAGAUGGGAAGAUGUAGAAGUGGAAGGCAAAUAAUCAAAAAACUACAAAAAAUAAAUAAUGAAGACCAAUUGCAAUUCGCUAGGAAAAGAACAUUCUAUAACAUAACUAAAAGUUAACAUAAAGGUGAAACACCCCCAUAAUUCUGCGUAUAUCCACAAGCAGGAUCGUAUGAAUGUGCGUAACAUAUCCUCCUGGGACUCAAAUAGGGUUUUAGCUUUUUUGUUUUUCUUUUUAAAUAAGUAUUUGCUAGCAUCAGAUAUGCUUAGCCUUUAUUGUGCCUGAUAGGGCCAAAACCGACUCUGCUUGGCCAGAACAAUCUUUUACAUGAUAUAUAUAUAUUUAUAUUGUGCCUUAAAUAAACAUGUUUAAAUGUAUCUUUAUUAUGAAAGAACAGUUUACUGUAUCACAGCAGCGGUUCUAUUUUGUGUUGCUGAAACAUAUGGAGUAAAGUGCUGGGUUUCCAGCCGCAGAGCUAAACAGGGAGCCGACGGGAAAUCCAGAUAUGAAUCACUGUACGACUUGGAUUUGGAUUAAAGAUUUGCAAUAAGAA